AUGCUACUGAUGCACCACUUAAUGAUGAAUUUGCUCACUGUUUUCAGACUCGAAGAUCUGGUCCUGUCCAAAGUACCAUCGAAAACACUUCAGUCCAAUUUUAUUGCAAAUGUCUACAAGGAAUCGGAACCAACAAUGCAAAGUGGUGUUAGCCAGACGUUUGCCACUGACCAAGACGUCUUUAAGCCUCUGGUGCUGCGCUCGUUCACAACUCUAGACGACCUUGAAGUUGUCAAUCAAGAACAGGCAGCGAGGCCCUCCUUUUCUACGCUUUCUACGUUGAAUCUCGAGGUGAAAACAAGGCCAAGUGGCGGUCUGUUUGGUCUACAUCUCACUCCGCUCAGUUUGGGGCAGCUAAGACUCACCUUGUUUCUCAUUGACUGCUAUCUGAUCGUAACGAGGUUCUACAACACCUAUGUCAUUUUGAGAGAAAUUUUGGUUGGUAGGAGGCUGGUUGUAGACGCAGCCUCUUAUCUCAGCAUUUUAGCCAGCCUGCCGCCUGAGAAGCAAGAAAAUGGGGAGGUCAAACAGGAAGAGUCCAAGUCGAUGCGAUAUAAUGUGUUCCAGGAGGAAACGCAUUACCAGUGUGGGCACUCCCCUGCAGUUAAACCUCAUAUUGUGAGUUGCGCUCCAUUUAUGCAUUCGAACAAACACCUUGAAAUGAUCCUGAAAUUCAGCAGCUGA